CGCUCGUAGGACAGGUCACAGCUGAGCCGAUGAGAUCAUGGAGGCUGAGGUCGGACGGGAUACGGCCAACAGGACUGCUCGGUGAUGGAGAGCUGCCUGUCCGAAUUCACGAUGUCCUACAGUAUAGCUGAAAAUACAAGACAUCCUGCCAAUGUUUCUAGGAGCCCCACUGCCAACAGUCUCCACUUCUUUCUUCGAAGAAGACUAAAUCCAGCUCAGUCUCUACACAGUCGGAUAUGGACUAGUGAAAAGUUUUGGCCAUUAAGUGCUCUUUAUUAUUCCUGUUGCUUGUUCUUAUUCCAUCAACUAUUUCCUUCCAGAUUUUAUAUUUUACAAUAAAAUUAUGCCUUUAAACAUAAGAGCCAAGCCCUCACACAGCAAGCUGACUGCUGCUGCAAAGAGUAGUGGGCACAACGAUGGCAGCACAUCUCAAUCACGCUUUCAGAGGUCUGCAAAACAAGGAAAAGGCAAACAGGCUGUCACAUCAGGUCCUGGGUACCGCUCAGGACUUGAGCCUGGCUCUGUGUCAAGCGGUGGGCCUCCACCGGCAGCUAAACUGACCGGGGCACAAGGUGCAGCUUCAAAGCCGGGUUCGAGAAUCAAAAUCAGUACAUCAGCAGCAGAAAAAGGCUCAGCUCGUGGUUCAGCAACAGCUCCGGGGGGUAAAACCCUGUCCAUGGAGAACAUCCAGUCCCUAAGUGCUGCAUAUGCCACUUCUGGAACCAUGUAUCCCAGUGAGCGGGAGUCCUUGGAACCUUCCGGUGGGUACCCAAAAGGCACCAUGACGUUAGGCCGGAGUACCAAACGCUCAUCUUACAGCAGUCGCACAAUAGGUAGUGGAAGCACCCCAAACAUCACAGCCUCUGGUAUGCAUCACAUAUCAGACUCAUGUGGAGACCAAACUGUAGUUUGCACAGGAACUUCCAGUUUGCGCCGGCAGUCAGGAAGAUGCACCCAAACAGUGGAUUCAGCUGAUCGAGGAGAUGCUUCCACUUACGAUCUCCAGGCUAUGCUGAGGGAUCUGCAGAGGGAAAAUGAAAGUCUCCGGAGAGAAUUGGACGGAGGAAGGGAUGGAAAGACAGGCUAUGGCACGAAUAGUGUUAAUUUCUGGAGCCCGGAUGUUAAGAGAGACAAGGGGAGUAGGCGUGAAGAGGGAGUAAGGACACCAGCUCUGAGGGAGCCAUGCAGGGUGAACCAAGAAGAUAUACAGCUGGGAGAUAUGAGAAGAAACAAGCAGCUUCCCUUGACAGUGCAGGAGCUACAGGAGGAGCUGAGAGCUCACAGAGAAACAAACAGUCGUCUGCGGCAACAACAGCAGCAGGGCAACUCCUACCGAGAACACCAUAUGGACCAGGAGCUCAGAGGGGCGAUCAGCCCUGGACACAGUCCCAGACAAAGUCCUGUAAACCUGCACAGUCCCAGAGCAAAGAACAGUCCCAAAGCCAGCCCGUCUAACACCUACAAUCCAAGGCAACAAGAGGCUGACAUCAUCAUUCACAGUCCUGGCUAUGGGUGUAACACAUUGACAGCCACACAGAGACUUAGCCCAGCCAACACCCUUCAGCCUGGCCAGAGGUAUAGUCCAAACCAGUCUCUCUACAGCCCCAGUCAAGGCCCAGGAGUAGUGCCCAGCUCUAGCCCCUGUCGUCCCUGUAGCCCCUGUCAGGUGCCCGGGUGUGAUGGCUUUUCCUCACCUCCUCCUCAGGAUUCAACAGAGGAAAACUUCUUCCGACUGCAGUCAGAACAUGAGCGUCAAGCCAGCGAGCUGUCUCUGCUGAGGAAGACUAUGGAGGAGAUGGAGAUGAGGAUCAACUCCCAGAAGCAGACACUGGGGGCACGAGAUGAGAGUAUUCAGAGGCUGCUGGAGAUGCUUCAGGGUCAAGGACAUGGAGAACGGGCACAUCGGACAGGCAUAAUUGCCAUGGCAGCGAAGGAGGCUGAUGCCCACUUGGAGAGCAUGCAUUUGAGAGAGAACACAAACCCAUCGUUCUGUUUUGAUCCUGAUGUUAUCUGGCAGGACACCAAGAUUUCUUCCCUGGAAAGAAACAUCAGAGACUUAGAGGAUGAGGUCCAGAUGCUAAAAACCAAUGGCCUGUUGCACCCUGAUGACAGGCACGAUGAACUCAAGCAGGUGGAAGUCUACAAGAGCCACUCUAAAUUUAUGAAAACUAAGAUAGAGCAGAUGAAACAGGAGCUGAGCAGAAAGGAGUCGGACAUGCAGGCUCUGCAAACCAAGCUAGAAACGUUGACCAACCAGAACUCGGACUACAAGCAACACAUCGAGGUGCUUAAAGAGUCACUCAGUGCCAAAGAGCAGCGCGCAAACACUCUGCAGACAGAGGUGGAUGCUCUGCGAGUGCGCCUCGAGGAGAAGGAACAGAUCCUGACUAAAAAGUCGAAGCAACUGCAGGACUUAAGUGAUGAAAAGAGCACACUGACGGGAGAAAUCAGAGAUAUGAAGGACAUGCUGGAUGUCAAGGAGAGAAAAGUGAAUAUCCUACAGAAGAAGAUUGAGAACCUGAUGGAGCAGUUAAAGGAUAAGGACAAACAGCUGGUUGGAUUGAGAGAAAGGGUUCAGGGCCUUCAAACUGACUCAAGUAACACAGACACAGCCCUGGCUACCCUGGAAGAGGCUUUAUCAGAAAAGGAGCGGGUGAUUGAGAACCUCCGGGACCAAAAGGAACGAGAAGACAGGGUGAGGCUUGAAGAGAUGGAGCAGAUGAGGAAGGAGAACCAGGAAUUGAAAGAAAAACUUGCAGCCCUGCAACCCCCAAAACUGUCACAGAGCCAAGUCACUAACUCCAGCUUAAUCCAGAAUCAGAAGCCUGAUGCAGAGGUCCAACCCAAAGUGGAUGGGCUGCCACCAAUGUGCCCUAAGAACCAAAAUCCAGAGGAAACUGUCAGAAUCUGUCCAGACAUCGCAGAUCGUCUGAGACUUCUCGAGCAGGAAGUGGCCCGCUACAGAGAAGAGUCUGGGAACUCCCAGGCUGAGGUGGAGAGGCUAAAGGGAGCACUAAAGGAAGCUGAAGUGGACAAAUCUUUCAAGGAGAAGAAAAUUACUGAUCUUGAGAGACCUGGGCAAAUCAAGUCUCCAAAUAUCCAGAAGCAGAUGGUGCCUGGUGAGAUCCGGAAAGAGGCCUUGGCAGAUGGACAUCCACAUUCUUUAUCACAGCUUUGCACUUCCCAGGAUGCUAUGCGUGAGACAGCAGAGCGGAUAAUGGAGCUGGAAAAGGCUCUAAGGGAGACCAUGAACACCUCGGCACAUAGGGAGGCUCUCUGGACGCAAGAAGAGGCUGCUCGUGUUCAGGCCCAGAAACAGCUUGAGGAGCUGAUGGGGGCUUUAGAGAAGACACGCCAGGAGCUGGAUGCCACCAAAGUCCGUCUUUCUUCCACUCAGAAGUGCCUACAUGAACGAGAUGGACACCUCAGCCAUCUGCGACAGGAGAGACGCAAACAGCUGGAGGAGAUUCUAGAGAUGAAGCAGCAAGCUUUGCUGGCAGCCAUCAGUGAGAAGGAUGCUAACAUCGCCCUGCUGGAGUUAUCCGCUUCCAAACGAAAGAAAGCCCAAGAUGAGGUGAUGGCUCUGAAGAGGGAAAAGGACAGGCUUAUGCACCAGCUCAAACAGCAGACUCAGAGCAGAAUGAAGUUAAUAUCUGAUAAUUAUGAGGAAGACUACAUCCACCCCCAACAUCAUCCUCAUCAUUUGCACCACAUGCAUCCAGCAAAUUUGCAUCACCGGAGUCUGCCGAGAGGGGACCCCCAUGCCAACCACAGACCUCCGAUGGAUCAGGAUGAUGAAGAGGGAAUAUGGGCCUGAUGAACCCUAUUCAUUGGAACUGGCAUCUCUUUGGUUUCUGUACAAGCUGUUGAAACCUCAGGAAUGGGUCGCUUCAGAUCCCAGGACCAGAGGAUUCAUCCUUGUUUUCAGCCCCUAAUACUUAAAUACGAAAGUGCAACAAAUUUGGCUUUUAAAUGGUUUUAAAUAUCAAUGUCACUGAUAAAAGUCGCAUUCAUGGACAAACACAAUGGAUGGCUGGGGAGCCGAGUUCCUUGUGGAUAAAUCUCCCUUACUGCAAUUCAGUUUUGGCAAGCUUGUUCCUGCCUUCAAUUCCUGGGCUGUUUUCAAUAGACUGGAAGCUGGAAUCGUUUUGCUGUGCCGUGGUGCUACAGAGGCCUGACUUCACAUUAACAAAGAGUCACAACAUUGCUGAUGACUGCAAGGAAAAGCUGAGCGAAAAGAACAACCCCCAAACCCAUACCUGCCCAGGUUUACUUUGCCAGGAAGGUAUUUACUUGGGCAGAUAAAUAUAGGACUUUUGUAAAUAUUACAACAUGGACCUCAAAAUCCUCUAUGUACAGUGCCAAAGGAACUGAUCCAGUCUACUGGGAUGGAUUAAUGAGAUGGGACUGCAACAGAUUCAACAAUCAUCCAAGAUUUUAAUCGCUGAACAAUUUAAAAUUUAAAUUGGGGAACUAUCUUUUACCUGUUAGUCGUACCCCAUGGAGCUUUUAACAUUUUAGUCACAUCAGAACCAAAAACUAAAAUGAUUUUUUUAUGGAGUGCAUAUCUCUGAGGUUUUCUUAAAAGUAUAUUUUUUCUUCUGUGUUUAAAGUUGAAAACACUUUUGAGGUUAUUUCUCUACAAGCUCCAGCUAUUUUUCUUCAAAUAAUAGUUAAACAUCAGUUAGAUCAGAUGGAACAUAUGAGAUAAUAUUGUUUUAGCCAUGGAUAACCAACUGGAUUUAGGUCUUGGCUUUCAGUGGGCCAUUCUAAAGUUAUUUGAUCUAAAUCAGGGGUAUCCUGCAAGUUUUUAGAUUCACCCUUGUGUCAUCACAGCUUAUUCAUAUGCUGCUAUCCUGAUGAUUCACCAAACAGGAAGUGUGUUCAGUGUGAUAUGCAGUGUCAGUGUUCGGCCACUUAAUGCUACGUAGGUAACAAAGUUCUCCUACUCGCUGUCCUAUAGCACAGCGGUCCCCAACCACCGGGCCGCGACUGGUACCGGUCCGUCAGUCUUUUGGUACCGGGCCGCACAGAAAAAAGCAUAUAUAUAUAAACAUUUAUCGACGAUCAGAGUCUGAGUGAUGUUUUAUUUUGAAAAAUAUAAAAAAUUGAGAUAUUCUCUCACAAUUACAUCAGUCGGUGCAUCUGUGCCUCUUGACACUCAUCCUAUCUAUAACGUCCUAUCUUUUUUGAAACGGUUUUUUCUGCGGUUACAGCGACCAAAACAAAGCUACGGAGCAGACUGGACAUCAGGAGCACACUUGAUGGGACCGGCUUGUUGUUUUAUUUUUAUGCUGUUUGUAUUUGAUUUUAUGCCAGUCGUAUCAUUUUACUUGAUCGUAUUUAGCCCCCCUCGGCCGGUCCGUUAAAAUAUUGUCUGACAUAUAGCGGUCCAUGGUGGAAAAAAGGUUGGGGACCGCUGCUAUAGCAUGUGGCAAACAGCACUGCAUAUGUGUUCAUAAAAGGAUCCAAAUGGAAAUAUUUUGAAAUGUUUCCUUGUAACAUGAUGAACAUGUUCAAGAGAUAUAAAUUAUUUUAUAAUGCACUGCAUAAAGGUGAUUCUUGACAUUACCACAAAGAAAAAUUUAACCAACUUACAUUCAAAGUAAGGACAGUUCACUAUUGAGGAAAGUGCAGUGUUUUACAUUUCUCCUGUGUAAUGUUGUGUUUUGUUUGAUUUUCAGUAGUUAAAUAAUCUGAGUGCCACUCUUGUUCUUUUUACAUCAGCUUUGUGUCUUAAGAAGAAUGAUGUAUUUAAUUAUCUAUUUAUUGAUCUUGUAAAUAUCUGUAACUUAUCUAACACUGAAGUGACUUCCAAUUUAAAGAACUGCAGUUUCACUAUACUAAUGUUGAUUUGAGGUGACAAUAGUUGCUGUAUUGUUGACUCAGAAACUUACCACUGUGUAAAUGAUUAAAUAUGUACAGUCGCUGUACAACAUGUGUAGGUGUGUGGGUGUGUGUGUGUGUGUUUAGUUUGGUCCUACUCAUUGAGUUUUAAUGAAUGUGAAUGUCUGGGGGUAACAAUGUUCACCCUUUGCUCAUUCCAC